CUCAGAAACGCAGCCAUGAGUAAGCUCAUCCGCCAGGUGUCGAUCGAAACGCCGGCCCCGAAGAUAAAGGACUGCGUGCUCAACCUGGUCGUACCAGUACCGGACACGCCGGCCCAAGGUGCCCGCAUUCUGGUGGUGUACGCGGGCGCCUGCUACCGCAAGAACCAGUCCACAUCGAUCUCGUCGAUCAGCAGCCAGCUAUCGGACACGGGCGACAUCACGACGUCGCUGUCGCUGCUCGCGAAGCAGAUGCAGGCCGGCAGCUUCUCGAGCAUCAGCGAGGAGGGUCCGGACAGUGUGCCUGCCCAGCACCACCAAACGUCGGUGGCGAUCCAGCACAAUCCGCAGGCGCACCAGGGUGUCCGGGAUGGCGCCCUGUUUCCCGGGUUCGAGGUGGCUGGCGUCAUCGAGUCGCUCGGCAGCGAGCUGAAACCGGACUGCGGAUUUAAGGUGGGCCAGCGGGUGAUCAUCUACCCGUACGAGGGCCUUCCGCACGGCUACUCGGAGCUGAUGGUGGUGCCGGACCUGCAGUACCUCAUUCCGAUCCCGGACGAGCUGUCGCUGAGUGUGGCCGCCACGCUGCCGACCGGUGCCCUGCUCGCCCAAAGUGCCAUCAUUGCCGCGCACAAGAUCGUGGACGAUCUGCUCAAGAGUCGACCGGGCGAGAAGGUGAAGAUUCUGAUCGUGGGCACGGGUGGGUUGGCCCUGUGGGCGGUCCGUAUCGCAGCGCAACACUUCUACACACCGGCCACCAAGGACAAGAUACAGAUCACCGUCGCCAGCCUGCGGGACGAGGGUUUCCUGGUGGCGAAGAAGUGCGAACGGGUAAACAUUGUCCAGUGGAACGAGGACCUGUACGAGAAGCAACUGAUCGAGCGCACACACGACGCCUGCGACGGUCUGGUGGACAUCGUCAUCGACUUCGGCACGACCUCGCGCAGCUUGCACCGGUCGAUGCAGUGCCUGACGAAGGGUGGUCACAUUUUCAUCAGCGACGAGGUGGCGGAGAAGCUGCUGCCGAAGUUUAGCAAGCGCGCCGAGGAACGCGGCCAGACGAUCGAGGCCUGCCCGACCGGCACGAUCGAGCAGCUGCACCAGCUGGUGAAGCUAGUUUCUUCCAAUGAGAUUGAACCACCGCCACACUCAGUAUUUCCCUCGGAAAAGGCCGCCGAAGUGGUGCAGAAGCUGGCCAGCUCGGAGAUUCCUGGACGUGCCAUCCUGAAAUUCCAUGAUAUCGAGUAAGCACCCCCAACAAAAACAACAACAACCACCACCUACCCAUCUGCACACGCACCAAAACGGGAUGAGAAGCAGGAAAGAUGCAAGAUUUAUGGCCGCAGGAGAAACCAGCAGCGAUUAGCGUUCCCCAUUUUCCCAGGAGCUCGCAUCGGAACUGUGUAGAGUUUGAUUUUUUUAUUGCUAUGUUCAAUCUUGUUUAGCUCGAGUUGCUGGAGACCACAUUAAGGGACAGGACUUUUUUCAGAACCUCUGACACGAGCGUGAAAUAGAAAUUGCUGGCAAAAGCAUGCAAGUCAUUGCGGAAGAAAAGCUUUUGGAACCCCAGUUGGGAAGGAUUUGGUUUUUCAAAAUUGAUUGUUUUUGAGCGAUCUCUUUUGAGAAACAAAAUAAUACCCAGCCGGUUUAAAUGUAAAAUUAGUGGCAUGUACCCUUAAUACCAUUUCCCAACCUGGCGCGCAAGGAAAGUACACAUUUAGAGCCAAUCCUUAAUGGCUUUAUCCAUGAACAACAUGCGUCUGUAGUUGGCUUACCGUUGUUCUUCCAUACACCUCAAUUCGCUGUCUUAUCGAAGUUCUUCUGUAUGUGUGUGUCCGUGUCCUUUCCAAACCAUCACAAAAUUGUUAUAUCAUGAAGUAUCGCCAGCCAAAAAUGUUGGAAAUAUUUCUUGUAGUCUGUAGAAGAAGAGGAUUGCGAAACACGAGAAGAACCGCGAAGUUGGUUAGAAGAUGGUUAAACCAAACGGGAUGAAUAGCUUUUACGUUACAAUCCCCUCUCUCUCUCUCUCAUCGUAGUGCGUGUGUGAGGAUUAAGGUUUUGUUUUUUUCUUUUCUUAAUUAUCUGAGGCGUUUUUGCUAAUUUAAAUGUGAUUUAUAUAAUACGAAUUUGCUUGGGAUUAUCUCUCCAUUGGGAGAGAAAACGAAAAACAAAAAACAAACACGAAUUAAACCCUCGCCGCAAAACCCGCAAAAGGAUGCAGACAGACUUAUGUGUUGAAGUGAAACCCGGCAGGAGAUGUGAAACAAAUGUUAGCAAUUAUAAAAGGACCUCAAAAAACACUGCGAAAUAGCAGGGGUAGAAAGUGGAGAAAACAAACGGUGAACCUAUAUUACGCUAACCCUUAUCAAUAACAGUAAAAAAAAAACAGAAA